ACCCCUACCACUACCAAAUUUCUCGCAGACUUUGAGCAUCUUCUCCUUCUACCUCGCAUUUCUCCGUGCUUUUUUCUCUGUAGGUACGUCCAAUUGAGAAGUUGUCGCCUUGUCGAGCUACCUUGCUUGCUUGCUUUGCGGUCAAGGCACCUUUCCUGAAAUAGCUCCGUCAUAACUUCAACUCGGGUCCCCCACCACAUUUCCAACAACAAUACCACACUCCUCUCACACGCACCUCCCUUACCUUGCUGAUACCCACCAUUAUAGACUUCGGCAGACUUCUUCUUGCCGCGAACAACUGUCUUCGAUUCCCCUGCGAGAGUUCAAUCGAGGCUAGGCGUGCCAACACGCGAUCAAUCAACCUGAAUCCAUACAGCUGCGAAUAAACACGUCAAAGGCUGGCUGACUCCCUACCUACCUACUCUACUCCGAACCACCACCUUCUCUUGGAAUAAUAUUCACGAUGUCUGACGGCCAGGAUAAGACCGAUGAGCUCUACCCCAUAGCCGUGCUCAUCGACGAACUAAAGCAUGAUGAUGUCCUCUUACGAUUAAAUGCUAUACAUCGUCUCUCGACGAUUGCCCUCGCGCUGGGAGCUGAGCGCACUAGAGACGAAUUGAUCCCGUUCUUAGAUGAAUCUGUCGAAGACGAAGAUGAGGUCCUUACCGCCCUUAGUGAGGAGCUCGGCAACUUUGUCGAAUACGUCGGGGGCCCAGAAUGGGGUCACGUCCUGCUGUCGCCUCUCGAGAAUCUUGCUGCUAUCGAAGAGCCCUUGGUGCGGGAAAAGGCCGUGGAAUCUCUGAAUAAGAUAUGUGAAGAGCUUUCAUCUCAGCAGGUCGAAGAGUACUUCAUUCCCCUUACGAUUCGACUCUCGAAAGCCGACUGGUUCACCUCGAAAGUUUCUGCCACGGGUCUCUACCAAGUUCCAUACAAGAAAGCCUCUCCACCGAUGCAAGAACAACUCAGACAACAAUUUGGUCUUCUUGUUCACGAUGAAACCCCGAUGGUCCGAAGACAGUCCGCGAAUAAUCUUGCAAAGUUUGUGAAGGAAAUGCCAGCUACGAUAGUUGUCGAGGAGAUGAUACCCCUUUUCCAGCACCUUGCCAGCGACGACCAAGACAGUGUAAGGUUAUUGACGGUCGAGAUAUUGAUUGCCAUUGCGGAGGUCGUACCAAAGGAACAGCAAUCAAGCCACGGGGUCCUGCUUACAGCGUUGAGGAAUUUGAUAGAGGACAAAAGCUGGAGGGUCAGGUACAUGGUGGCCGACAGAUUUGAAAAGAUCGCAAAAGCAGUCGACGAUGAAGUUGUCACAAGAGAUCUCGUGCCAGCCUUUGUCAAACUUCUCAAGGACAGCGAGGCUGAGGUUCGGACCGCAAUUGCUGGCCAAAUUCCAGGCUUCUGCAAAUUGGUCGACAGGACUACACUUCUAAACGAUAUCAUGACAACAGUUGAGGACCUCGUGUCUGAUACCUCUCAACACGUCCGUGCCGCUCUUGGAACUCAGAUCAGUGGCCUUGCCCCAAUUCUUGGCAAGCAAGAAACUAUUGAUCAUCUCCUUCCUAUGUUCCUGCAAAUGCUGAAGGAUGAAUUUCCGGAUGUCCGUUUGCACAUUAUCUCAAAGCUCGAGCUAGUCAAUCAAGUCAUUGGCAUCGAGCUUCUUUCGCAGUCCCUCCUCCCUGCCAUCGUUCAGCUCGCGGAAGAUAAGCAAUGGAGAGUUCGAUUGGCCAUCAUAGAAUACAUCCCUCUUUUGGCAAGCCAACUAGGUGUCGAAUUUUUCGAUGAGAAGCUCGCUGCACUCUGCAUGGGCUGGUUAGGUGAUACCGUUUUCUCCAUUCGCGAAGCGGCAACACACAACCUCAAGAAGCUCACAGAAGUCUUUGGCGUUGAAUGGGCCAACGAAGCUAUCAUUCCCAAAGUGAUGGCUAUGGGCGCACACCCCAACUAUCUCUACAGAAUGACCACCUGUUUCGCGAUCACAACCCUUGCGACCGUCGUAAGUCUGGAUGUGGUCUCAAAGUCUAUCCUUCCUAUGAUGGACAAGCUUGUUGCCGACGCUAUUCCCAACAUCCGAUUCAACGUUGCGAAGUCAUAUUCAGAGUUAAUUUCAGUCCUCAAGCGUCUUCCAGACGAGGGGACAAUUUUCUCGUUGGAGUCCUCAGGCAGCUCGGCUCCUCCCUCGCAAAGAGGCCAAGUGCUCAUUGAAGAGAGGAUUCUCCCAAAUCUAGAGAAGCUGCAAAAAGAUGAUGAUGUUGAUGUUCGUUUCUUUGCUACCACUGCGGCUGCUUCUGUUUCUGGCGACCCAAUGAAUACAUCAUAGAUGAGAUAAUAAAGAAGCACUUUUUCAAUUGGGAAGAUGCAUUGUUCCAGGGUUGUGCCUGAACUUCUAGGCUUAGCUGUUUUACUGUGUUAGAACAGAGCAGAACAGAGCAAAAUACCAGCGUAGUCUCUUUCAAGACCCAUGAGUUUCCUGUACAAUAAAG